AUGGAUGGAGGCAACCAGAGCGGGGACUCUGAGUUCCUACUCCUGGGGCUCUCAGAGGUUCCCGAGCAUCAGCGCAUCCUGUUUUGGACUUUCCUGUCCAUGUACCUGGUCACAGUGGUGGGGAAUGUGCUCAUCAUCCUGGCCAUCGGCUCUGACGUGCGCCUGCACACUCCCAUGUACUUCUUCCUGGCCAGCCUCUCCUUCACUGACCUCUUCUUUGUCACCAACACAAUUCCCAAGAUGCUGGUGAACCUUCAGUCCCAGAACAAAGCCAUCUCCUACACAGGAUGCCUGACUCAACUCUACUUCCUGGUGUCUUUGGUAGCCUUGGACAACCUCAUCCUGUCAGUAAUGGCAUAUGACCGUUAUGUGGCCAUCUGUCGUCCCCUCCAUUAUACUACAGCCAUGAGCCCUAAACUCUGUAUUUUGCUCCUCAUCUUGUGCUGGGCGCUAUCUAUCCUCUACGGCUUCAUCCACACCAUCCUUAUGACCAAAGUAACUUUCUGUGGGUCUCGGAAAAUCCACUACAUCUUCUGUGAAAUGUACGUCCUGCUCAGGCUUGCAUGCUCUGACACCCACAUCAAUCACAUGGUGUUGAUUGUCACGGGAUGUUUCAUCUUCCUUGCUCCUUUUGGAUUCAUGAUUAUAUCCUAUAUCUGGAUUGUCAGAGCUAUCCUCAGAAUUCCCUCAAGUUCUAGCAAGUACAAAGCCUUUUCUACCUGUGCAUCCCAUCUGGCUGUUGUGUUCCUCUUCUAUGGGACACUUUGUAUGGUGUAUUUGCAGCCCCUGCACACCUAUUCCAUGAAGGACUCAGUAGCCACAGUGAUGUAUGCAGUGGUGACACCUAUGAUGAACCCUUUCAUCUACAGCCUGAGGAACAAGGACAUGCAUGGGGCUCUGGGAAGACUUCUAAGACUUCUAAGGAAGCCAAUUCAAAAGUUAACAUGA